AUGGCGGAGCCGCUGGGCCUCGGCAUGGGCACGCUGGACGCCAUGGCGGAGCGCAGUCCCGUCAAGGUCGUCAUCGCCGAGCCGCCGGAGCCCGAGCCGGAGCCCGAGCCGGAGCCCUUCGCGCUGCCGCAGAAGAGCCUGGCCGAGAGCCUGUCGCCGUCGCGCUUCAGCGCCUGCACGGAGCGGACGUCGCUGAUGAUCAGCGAGCGGCCGUCGGUGCUGACCUUCGACGCCGCGGCGGCGGACUUCGCGGACAGGCCCGCGCCGCCGCGGCCGCCGCGGCGGAAGCCGGCGCGGGGCCCGCGGCCGACGCCCAAGGGCGCGGCGCCCAAGGGCGCGGCGCCCCAGGGCGCGGCGCCGCGCGAGAAGGUGCCCUGGGACGCGACGACUUUAUUCACGUCGGGCGUGAGCCUCAUCAAUCUCAAGCGGCGCACGGACCGCCUCGAGGCCUUCCUCGAGGACGCGCCGAAGGCGCUCGGCGACGGCGUCGCCGUCGACGUCGUCGAGGCCUUCGACGGCUUCCAGCUCCACCGGGGCGGGUCCUUCCUCAACGGCAUGUUCGAGCCGCUCUGGGACGCGUCGAAUUUGGCGGACCGCGAGCCGUCCGUCGAGCCCGGCUGCCGCUUCGCGUCGUUCGGCGAGCAGGGCUGCGCUCUGAGCCACGCGUCCAUCUGGCGCCGCAUCGCUCCGCGGGGCACCAAGGACUCCUGGCACCUCAUCUGCGAGGACGACGUGAAGCUCCACCCGCGCUUCGCGCUCUGGCCGCGGCUCUGGCACGCGCGGUGUGACGUCGUCUACCUCGGCUUCCACGACUACGGCCAGCGGCGCUACGCCGAGGGCACGGGCAACUGCUGUUUCCGGCCGGAGUACACGCUGGGCAUGCACUGCUACGCGCUGCGGAACACGGCCGCGGCGAAGCUCGCGGGUCACCUGCCCGUCGUCGGCCCCGUCGACGCGUGGCUCGCGGACAACCAAUGGUUCGGCCUCGACGUCUUCUGCCUCGUCGUCCCCGGCGAGGGCGUGGGCGGCGCGGGCGGCAAGCUCGCGUCGCACCGCACACAGGGCCGCGUCGCGCGCGGCGACGUGGACCACUCGUCCGACGAGCCCCCAAUCCAUGUCGGGCGGACCGAGGAGCAGCGCGAGGCGCUGCUGGAGCAGAAGCGGCGGGAGCACCGCUUUUCCUACCACCCCUACGCCAUGGAGGACCUGAGCGAGCUCUUCGCGCUGGACGAGGAGCUCGACGCGGCCGAGGCCGCGGCGCGAUUGGAGGCCGAGGGCGCGGCCGCGGGGUUCAUGGAGUCCGCGGAGGCGCCGCUGUCGAACGUCGUCAUGACCGUGGAGAUCACGGCCGCGGGCAAGAAGGAGCUGCGCUUCUCCGCGGCGGCCGGGGGCGUGCCCGACUCCUGGGACGGCGCGACGCCGCCCGCGGACGCGCCCGCGCCGGACCCGAGGCCGUCGCCGACGCCGUCGCCGUCGCCGGGCCCGUCGCGGCCGCCGUCGUCGCGCCCGCGGACGGCGACGCCGCCCGCCGGGGAGGCGGCGACGCGGCCGCCGUCGUCGGAGACGCCGACGUCGGCGGAGGCGCCAAAGGCGCGGCGCAUGGAGGACGUCCUCGCGUCGCUGAAUCCGAUGGCGAACCUCCUCGGCGCGAAGAUGAACCCGGCCGCGGCGCCGCCGGACAAGCCCGCGCCGGCGAAGCGGCCCCCGUCCCUGCUCCACGCCGUCGCGCCCGUGCGCAAGCCCAAGGUCUCCGGCCGCCGCAUGGAGGACUACGUCACCGCGCGGGAGCUCGAGGCCGCGGCGCCCGCGCCCGCGGCCGACGACGGCGCGCCGUCGACGGCGCCGUCGAGCCGCCCGGGCUCGCGGCCGGGCUCGCGCGGCGGCGCGCCGGAGACGAGGCCGCCGCGGCCCGCCAAGGCGUCCGCGCGCAAAGCGCCCGAGGAGCCCGCGCACCGCGACUCGGUGCACGCGGCGAUCCCGAACCUGCACCGGGGCACGUUCUCCGAGGCGGACCACCUGGGCCGCGCGGGCAUGGGCACGCUCACGCGGGGUUUGCGGCGCAUGAUCGAGACGACGCCCGUCGCGUCGGGCUCGAACCGGCCGUCGCCGUCGGAGUCGCGCGCCGGGUCGCGCGCGCAGACGCCCAACAGCCGCAAGCAGUCGCCGGCCGCGAGCCGCGCGACGACGCCCGUCCGAGGCGCGCCGCGGCCCGGCUCGCGGCCCAACUCGAACCAGAUGAAGGCCCGGGGCAACGCGAGCGAGAAGCGGCCCGCGGCGCCGGGGUCGCCCCGCGGCCCGUCGAGCCGCGGCGCGGCGCCGUCGCCCCGCGGCCCGUCGAGCCGCGGCGCGGCGCCGUCGCCCCGGGCCGCGGCGACGGGCCGCGGCGCCUUCGGCUCGCCCGGGGCGACGAGCCGGGGCCUCUCGGGCUCGCCCGGCGGGACGCCCCGGGGCACCUCGCCCGCGGGCACCGUGCGCACGCCGCCCGGCGCGUACGGCUCCGCGCGCACGCCGCCGGGCUCCGGCGGCCGCAUGGGCCAGCGCUCGUCGACGCCGAAGACCGUCUCCAACAACGUCGGAAAAUUCGCCGUCGGCGCCACGAUCCGCGUCGCCUCCGGCGGACAAUCGCGCCCCGUCGGCGCCACGACCCGCCUUCCUUGCCGACCACCACCGCCGCCGGCCUGCCGGCAGCUCCAGCCGCGCGCCAUGCAGCGCAUCUUCGCGCAGGUCACCCACGCGUCGAGGCUCUACGAGACGCUCCUCGAGAGCGGCGCCUGCGACGCCUCCCUGGUCUGGGCCGUGCCGCGCAUGGCGCUGGCGCUGCAGUGCACCAUGCCGCCGCUCGACGAGGCCGAGCUGGCGACGGCGAGCGGCCUCGGCGAGUUCGUCGAGGGCGCGGCGCACGCCUACGAGACGCUCAACGCGCUCGUGUACCGGCGGUCGACGACGCGCGACCUCGGCCUGCUCGAGCGGACGUGCACGCCUCAGAUGGCGCGCGUGCUCUCGGCGACGGCCGAGGAGCUCCACGGCGCGGACCGGGCCAUGACCUACACGCUCGAGGAGUCCGCGCUCGCGCGGCGGUCCCUGCGCGCCGCCGUCUGCGACACCUUCGCCACGGAGCGCGAGCGCGACCUCGAGCACGCGCUCCGGGGCUACGACGACCUAUUGCACGACCUCGAGACGGACGAGGCGCGGUCGAAGAUGCUCGUCUCCAUGGGCGAGGAGCUCACGGAGCUCCGCGCCGCGCGGGGCGACGAGCACGGCGCCGUCGAGGCGCCCUUCGUGUCCUGCGAGUUCGACGUGCUCUUCGAGAGCAACGAGCGCAUGAGCGUCGAGGCCGCGGGGCAGACGGUCGUCGUCGAGAAGCGCCAGCUGUCGACGUGGCGCUUCCUCACGACGGAUUUGGACGACGUCGAGUGGCGCCUCGCCAAGAUCUUCUAGGCGCGCGCGUUAAAAACCGCGCCG